AUGGACUGUCAGAUCGAACAGGGUCUGUGUUAUGUGGACAGUGUCACUCAGGGUUCAGUGAGUAUCUCUGAGUUCUCUGACGAGAUUCUGCUGAAUAUCCUGAGGUAUGUUCCACCGCAUGACCUUCUGCUCAACGUGGGGAGAGUCUGCAGGAAACUCAGAUCACUCUGUCUGGACAAGAGUCUGACCGCUAACAUCAGUCUGUCUAAGGAAUACACGGCGAAUGAUGAUGCUGUCAAACAGCUCCUGAAAGAAUUAGCCAGUGACAUCCAGAAGAUGGACCUGAGCGGCUGCUAUUGGUUGUCGGGCUCCACGGUGGAUCAGGUGGCCCGCUGUAAAGGAGUGGUUCGUCUAGACCUGUCUGGGUGUCGACUGACAUCUGUACGUCUUUCUCGCCUCCUGUCAUCUCUUGGUUGUCUCCGUUCAUUGGCGUUUGACGUGACAGCUGGUUUUGACCUGCAGCAGCUGAGUGGGGAGGGCAAAGCGGCACUGGCGCGACUGCAGGAGCUGAAACAGACUCUGCUUAUACCCUCUUACGGUGUCGUGCCCUGCUGUAGUGCCCUCCAGAGACUCCUACUUUACCUGGAGGUGGGCGAUGGCUCUCGAGAUGGCGCUGCCAGCUGCGUUCAGCUCAUGGUUGGCCAGAGCAGUGUGCCACAUUACCAGAACCUGAGCUGGUUCUCAGCCCGCCUGGCUCCAGGUGAGGUGAACCGCACCCUGCUAGGCCUCUACCUGGCUGUCUUCAGCAUGCGGGUGCCUCAGAGCCUUGCCGGAUUGGUCCUUUUUGUACCAGGCCCUGCCCCGCCGCGUCCGGUUGCCGUGGCAACACUGAUGGACAGCAUGGCCUCGUCAUCGUUGGGGGGGCGGGUCAAAGUCAGCGCCCUGCAGCUUCCUCGCACCUGGUUGGACGGCACGGCUUUGGGGCGUGUCCUGUCGCAAGGCUGUCCAGCCUAUUUGAACUUUUCCCGUUGCUCUGCAGCAGGGUUCAACCCCCUCCAUGUUCUUCUGGGCUCUGCCUGUGACCUCCAGUCUCUGCGGAGCCUCAAUCUACGAGGGUGUGGCCAGGGCCUCCUCCCGGACUGCACUGUGAAAGGAGAGGAGGAGAUGGAUGCAGAGAGUGUGAGGUCUCUUGUGGAAUCCUGUCCCCACCUCACACAUCUCAAUUUGUCCGCUACUCACUAUCACUAUAGUAACACCACUACAGACUCCAGUGAUCACCUUUGCAGCACGCUCGGGAGACUGGGAAACCUUCGUUCUUUGGCACUGCCCGCGUGUGCUCUGGCACAGCGUCCGCCCGAAAACAACGUACAGAACUCCACGGGAAACUCCCUUUCGGGAUCGCUGUUGCUUGGCUUGAAAAAGAGCAGACGCGUUGGCGUGCCCACGUACCGGCCCGAGACAGAGGUCUCCAAGGAUCAGGAUGUGAAGCUUCCGUCCUCUGAGGGGUCGUGUCUCAGACUGCUGCUACAGGGCUGCCCCCAUCUCACAGAACUGGAGCUGAUUGGCCCGGGCUUCUCCUCUGCCAUGCCCCGUAAUGAACCAGCCAUACGUAAGGACCCUGCCGCCUGCCCCUGGUCCUUGCGGGUUGGGGAUAUGGAACUGGCGGCCUUGGGGGGGCUGACCUAUCUGCGGAAACUCACUCUGGCCCACUUGCCGGGGGUACUGAAGGGGACGGGGCUUAUAGAGCUGGUCCAGAGGUGUAAGGACCUGCAGGCACUAUCACUGGCCAACCUCGGGUCCCUAAAAACCAUGAACUACACACAGGCCUUGUUGGAGGCUCUGACACAUUGUACACAGCUCAGGGAAUUCAGGUUGGAGCAGCCCUACUUAAGCGCUAACGUUGCGUUCUUCGAAGCGCUCAGUAGAUGUCGCGCCCUGAACCGCCUUUGCAUCGUCUCGCGCCACGGAACUUUCCAGCCCAACGCUGUCACAACCUUCAUGGAAUGCUGCAAUGACGUCAUUAUGUGCCACAUGUUUAUGUGCGGGACUCUCGUAUCCUGCAAAACUCUACAAAAAAGCCUGCUUGAUAAUUUUUCAUCAGCUCGUCCUGCUCUGAGUGUCGUCAUAUACCCACUGCUCCACGAAGACCUCGCUCAAGUGAUUCGGGAAAUACCGCUCUGUCACCUGGACGAGAUCACACUGUUCAAAAGCCGCGUCGCAGAGGAGCCCACCGCGUUGUGGUAGAACAAGAGAGAAGAGGAGGACGACGGUUAAACCCCUUUCAAGACGGUGUUA